AUGAAGCGUUCAAGGUAUUUAUUCUUGACGUCUUUCGAGAAUUUUUCUUCCGUAUAUUCACUGGCAGACGAUACUUUUGCUCACUUGUUUACAAAGGCUCGCUUCCUGUCCAUCACUUCCCUCCAUCCUUUUAGUUUUCUACCUUCUUUUUUUCGUUUUUCCCAUCUCUCGAUUUUUUUUUCUUUUUCUCACCCUCCCUCAUUUUUUUUUUCCUUUUUUACUGUUCAAUCUAAUUUUAUUCCUUCGUUUCUUCUUUUUCUCCUUCCCUCAUUUUCUUCUUUUCUUUCUUUUUUUUUUUUUAAACUUCUCUUUUUUCUUAUCCUUUAUCGAAAGUAUUCUUUUCGCGUUCUCACAUUUUCUUUCCUUCUCUUUUUCUUUCUUUCUUUCCCAACUUUUUGGUUCUUUCUUUCUUUUUUUGGUCCUCACAUUCUUUCUUUCUUUCCUCUUUCUUACAUUUUCUUUCGUUCUUUCUUCUUUCUUCCUUUCUUUCUUUUUUCUUUCUUAAUUUUUUUGGUUCUUUCAUUUUUUUUUGUUCCUUACAUUCUUUCUUUUCUAUCUUUUUGGGUUCUCACAUUUUCUUUUUCUUUCUUUCUUUCUUUCUUUCUUUCUUUCUUUCUUUCUUUCUUUCUUUCUAGUAACUGUUUGCUUUCUUUCUUUCUUUCUUUCUUUCCCUUUUCUUUCUUUCUUUCCCUUUUCUUUCUUUCUUUCUUUCUUUCACAACUUUUUGUAUUGCCGCUAACCCUGUCUAACCCUCGAACUCUUCACCCGCAUAAUUCUACCGGCUGCCUCUCCAUUACCGUACGCCACUGGCCUCUCAAGCCUUACUUAACCGUACACACAUGA